AUCCUUUUUUUUCCUAAUCUUCUUGCUAUCAUCUUUGAUCGCACGUCUCCAUCAAAGCUUCAAUUCACAAAAAAAAAAAAGAGAUUUUUUUUGUGAGACAAAAGAGAUUAUUGAAAAGAAGAUAAAGAAAAGCUUAAUUGGUGUAAUCUGCUCGAAAGGGCCAAAUCUAGCUUCACAUUGACAAGGAGCGCGGUUGAGCUUGAGCUAGGAGCCAAAAAGCUUCCACCUUUCCCCUUCUCCCUCCCCCUUUCGCCCUGCUUCCGAGUGGAUUUCUAAUCCUUGUGAUCUGGGUGGCUUUCUUUCCGCCUUUCGAGGAUCGCUUUUCCGCUGGAAAGGAGGAUGUUUUCGGGCUUGAUCCACAGACCGGAAGCUUCGAUUCCACCGGAGGAGGCACACGGCCCGAGCCUGGUGCUGACGGCGGACCCCAAGCCGCGCCUCCGAUGGACGGCCGACCUCCACGAGCGCUUCGUCGACGCCGUCGCCCAGCUCGGCGGACCUGAAAAGGCAACACCAAAGGCUAUCAUGCGGACGAUGGGUGUUAAGGGACUUACCCUUUUUCACCUUAAGAGUCAUCUCCAGAAAUACAGAUUGGGAAAGCAAUCAGGCAAAGAGCCAACGGAGCAGUCGAAAGAUGCCUCAUACCUUUUGGAGAAUCCGAGCAGUGGCACUUUGUCUCCGAGAAUGCCUACGCCUGAUGUCAACGAGGGCCAGGAAGUCAAGGAGGCUUUAAGAGCACAAAUGGAAGUGCAAAGGAGAUUGUUUGAACAAGUGGAGGUUCAGAAGCAUGUGCAGAUACGAAUGGACGCGUAUCAAAAGUACAUCGACUCCUUACUAGCCCGGGCUUAUAAGAUAGCAUCAGAGCAAGUCGCUUCAAACAGCUUUCCGGCGACCGAGCAUGAUCUUCUGGACUUGCCAAGCAGAGCUGUUUGCUCCCCAUCUGACAUUUUGAGUCCUGCAGUUCUUCAUCAGUUAUCGAUGAAUCCGGUCAGCGUGCCAAGCCCUAGCUGCAAGACUUUGCCGGCUUCCACAACAGCAGGCCAGUUCUUCUAUCAGAAGCCAGCUGCUUUGAAAAACAAACCAUGCUUCAAUUCAGACUCCCGGUCGGAAUUUGUUGCCUUCGAUCAUUUCAUUCGAAUCUGCUGGAGCCAGGAGUUGGGGGUGAGAUCGGUGCUGGCUAACCUGGAAUCGACGGGGAUUGAUAGUUCUGGAGACGUCAAUUGGGUUCUUUUUCCAGUACAGUUUUGUACUGGUUCAUCAGCUGAAAACUUGUUCUUUGAGAGUGCAGAUAGUUUAUUGUGUGAAAUUGUAACCACCACGCUAUUCCACAGAUGUUGUAAAAUGUUUCAAUCACAACCAAUCUCUAAUAGAAGUCCAAUCCGCAAUAACUCACUUGCUUAUAACGAUCAACUAGAGAUAAGUGACAAGGUUAUGGUCUCAAAUGAUGGAGGAAACAGCAAUAACAAUCCUAAUUUGGCAUCAAGGCAGCGUCUUCGUUGGACAAAUGAACUCCACAACUGUUUUAUAGAUGCAGUAACACAGCUUGGUGGGCCAGACAGAGCAACUCCAAAAGGAGUUCUUAGGAUCAUGGGUGUACCAGGGCUGACAAUAUACCAUGUCAAGAGCCACUUACAGAAAUACAGGCUUGCAAACUGCAUACCUGAUCCAUCAACUGAUGGUGUCAAAUAUGAAAUCAAAGAUUCUGGCGACCUGACUUCAGGAGUUGAAAGUUCCUCUGGGAUGCAAAUAACUGAAGCUCUUAAGUUGCAAAUGGAGGUGCAAAAACGGCUUCAUGAACAAUUAGAGGUGCAAAAGCAAUUACAGCUAAGAAUAGAAGCCCAAGGGAAGUAUCUUAAGAAGAUCAUUGAGGAGCAGCAACGGCUCAACGGUGCGCUCGCUGAAACACCAAGAGCCGGACGAAGCACUUCUGCCGGCAGCUUCAGUUAUGACUGCUCUGAUGUAGACAAGACCGAUUCCUCAAUUCCUGCUCCAAACUCAGACCCCCCCACCCAAGAUAGAGAUGCCAAUGAUGACCAUGGAGGCACUGGGGAAGUACUUAAAAGUCAUUCAAUUGCAAAUUCCUUCAGCAGCAAGACCCUGUCUACAGAUUCCACAGCCUGUGUUUCCUCCCCUUCAAAGAGCUCAAAGCAUGGAAGACCGAUCAAGAGGCAGCGCUGCAGCAUGUCCUCAGGGCUUGCCGAGACUGAGCUAGUCUCCCAUCAUAUACUGGAGUCGAGUUCAGGCUCAGAUUUUCAGCAACAGUGCUCACUGUUCACACCUAAUGGAUCCAACUUCGAUGCAUCGACCACCUCAAUCUGCAACAAUGCCCUGGGAAGUGGUUCUGGUGGUGACAUAUGAUGGAUUCAUGCAAAUGCUCUUGUUGUAUCAGAAUGUAAGAAUGUUCAUACACUGAUUAGUUCCUCUUUUAGGCCCUUUAACUCUGCGUGAGGGAUUGCCACACAAAUCCAUAGUCCUGAUAGAAGAAUUUGUUAUUUUAUACUUCAAUGACCGCAUCAGUUCAGGAAUUAAUGGUAGAAAUUAUGUACAUGCAUAUGUAUCCUGUAGGAUUGUAAAUGACUUAAACGUUCAUCAGUAAAUUUAAUGUUCAAUUUGAUAAAAA